CAAUGAACUGAGCCAUGUUCAAAUCCCUGUCAUGUUGAUGCCAGAUGACUUCAAAGCCUAUUCAAAGAUAAAGGUGGACAAUCACCUUUUUAACAAAGAAAACAUGCCAAGCCACUUCAAGUUCAAGGAAUACUGCCCGAUGGUUUUCCGUAACUUGCGAGAGAGGUUUGGAAUCGAUGACCAGGAUUUCCAGAAUUCCUUGACCAGAAGUGCACCCCUUCCUAAUGAUUCCCAGGCACGCAGCGGGGCUCGUUUUCACACUUCCUAUGACAAAAGAUAUGUCAUCAAGACCAUUACCAGUGAAGAUGUGGCCGAGAUGCACAACAUCCUGAAGAAAUACCACCAGUACAUAGUGGAAUGUCACGGGAUCACCCUUCUUCCCCAGUUCUUGGGCAUGUACCGGCUUAAUGUUGAUGGAGUUGAAAUAUAUGUGAUUGUUACAAGAAAUGUGUUCAGCCACCGUUUAUCUGUAUAUAGGAAAUACGACUUAAAGGGCUCUACAGUGGCUAGAGAAGCUAGCGACAAAGAAAAGGCCAAAGAACUGCCAACUUUAAAGGAUAAUGAUUUCAUUAAUGAGGGCCAAAAAAUCUAUAUUGAUGACAACAACAAAAAGGUGUUCCUGGAAAAGCUGAGAAAGGAUGUGGAGUUCCUUGCCCAGUUAAAGCUCAUGGACUACAGCCUUCUGGUGGGAAUUCAUGACGUGGAGAGAGCCGAGCAAGAGGAGGUGGAGUGCGAAGAGAAUGAUGGGGAGGAGGAGGGGGAAAGCGACAGCACCCAUCCAGUUGGGACCCCACCAGACAGUCCCGGAAAUACACUCAACAGCUCACCACCCUUGGCACCCGGGGAGUUCGAUCCAAACAUCGAUGUUUAUGGAAUUAAAUGCCACGAAAACUCACCUAGGAAGGAGGUGUACUUCAUGGCGAUCAUUGACAUUCUUACUCAUUACGACGCAAAAAAGAAGGCUGCCCAUGCCGCAAAAACUGUUAAACAUGGCGCUGGAGCCGAGAUCUCAACAGUGAAUCCAGAACAGUAUUCAAAGCGCUUUUUGGACUUUAUUGGUCACAUCUUGACGUAACCUCCCACACAGCCUUGGACAGACAUGAGCGUGGGAAGGACAGAGGUGGCUUCGGUGUAGGAAAAAUGAAAACCAAACUCAAUGAAGCACUCAUCUUGCAGGAAGCAAACCUCCUUGUUUACAUCUUCAGGCCAAGAUGACUGAUUUGGGGGCUACUCGCUUUAACAGCUACCUGAUAUUUCCCAGCAUCGUUCUAGCUAUUUCUGACUUUCUGUGUGUGCGUGURCGCACACACACUCGCGUGCACAUUUUAAAAUAAUCAAUUAAUUAAUUAAUUAAAACCCAUCGGCUUGAAUCAGAAUGUGUUACCACAGGAAACCCUCUGAUUCGGGCUGUGGCCGAAGGAAUGAGUGAAGGAAUGAAUGAGCACAUGGGGGGAGGGUAGAAGGAAACGCACGUCAGAGCAGCCGGGUAGGCAUCACAGGAUAAACUGUGGAUCAGUUUAUUGUUUUUGAGUUGAAAGAUGUGAGACAGUAUUCAUAAUAAUAAUGAAGAUAAUAAUAAUGAUGAUAAUAAUAAUGAUGAUGAUUAAAAGGAAAAAAAGAAAACUUUACUGCGAAUGUUACACUUCCACCCCGCACGCAGACACUCCUUAAUAGUUGUCACCUGAGCCCCCGGGCACUGGAUGGGAGAAUGCUGGCAUCUCCAUGUGCACUGGUUUGGGGUUCCAUCCCCACAGUGUGGGGAUCCCUAGUAUCCUGGAGUAACACCCCUCCUCCUCCUCCAAGAAGCUGAUGCCAGGACUCUGUCUACAUUUUCACCUCCGUAAAUAUGUGCAGGAAAACUGCUUGCUUCCCUUCUCUUGCCUGGAGACUCACUGUUACACCCUAUGUUGCAGUCUAGGAAUUAAUGCUACAACAUAAAAACCAAGCUUACCUGAGAGGCGCAUAGUUUGGGGCAAUGGUAGCUACAUCUCCCGCUGCAGGAAGAUGAGCAAAGUAAUAAAACUGAAUUCUCCCUGGAUCRAACGCAGAUCUGAAUUAUAAGAGUUUUGUGUUUGACCACCGUUUGAACAACAGUGGUGUUUUGUUACGAAUUAUCCCUUUAACUGAAACCCUCAGUUUUACUGUUUACAUUAUUAGGAAAACAGGGAUAUUUUUGAAUCUAAAAAUUUAAUAUACAGCAUGUGAUUUUUGAAGUUUACAUGUAAAGUCAUUUUACAGUGUAGGUGAAAUGAUGUUUGUUGUAUUUUGAGAUGUGUCCUGCAGUUGUGUUUUUGAGUGAAUGUUUUGUUCAAAGUAUGUGGUAGACAGUCUUACAAUAAAAAGAAAAGGAUUGUUUUGUCUCCUCCAGAUGUACAUUUAUCAACCUAAUGAUUUAAAAAAAAUUAAUCCAAAUCUGGUUAUAUAAGUUCAUUGCCCUAAACUGUGCUGAUUGUGUUUAAUCAGGUUAAAAAGUUCCAACAUAAACCAUAGAACUACCAACUUCUCUGCAUUUUCUAAAUGGCAUCAAGUUAUAAAAUAUUAGACUUGCUUAGAGUAGGUUAUCAACUUAUAUGCUGUGCUAAAAGCUGUGCCUUUAAAACUCUUUGUUCAAAACAUGAGAUGGUUUUUGUAGGCAGUUUCAGAAAAGGAAAAAUAAAUCUACCCUUUGAUAAUAACCUACAACCCCCCCCCACCCCCCAAGCUGCCUCUUCCCGGCACUUUACUGGAGGCUGCAGCUGUGCCCAGGGUAUGUGGGCUGCCUUCACAGCGUCUCUGGAAGCCAGCAGCAGUGUCAUCCCAUUACCAUCUCCUGACUUUACAUGAUCUGUUCUCCAGUGAUGUUAGCUCCACUGUAACAUAGUUGCACAAGUCUGUAUUUUAUGUGUUUAAAUUAAUCAGUGCUAUGAUUUGGUUCUCCACUACCACCAUUAAUUAUGGCAUCAACCCCACCCACUUCAGUGUCCCAAAGUUGUACCAUGGUUCCUUUGACCCAAGACUUACAGAUAUGAGACCCUGAAGUAAAGACAAGGUACAUAUUCAUGAUUUGAGUAACCAUUUUCUUUGUCACCAAUCUGUGUAUGCUUUUAGAAGUUUACAAAAUGCUUUAUUUUUGUCUGUAACAGCCUCUGUCAAUCAUUUCUGUUGAUAAACUGUUUGGACAGAGUGAGGAAGUUUGCCUUGUAUCUCCCAGUGCUAACAAUACACUCCAGUCAUGAGCCAGGCUUUACAA